AUGGGGUUUUAUGCUGAAAUCCGUGUACGGUAUGGAAGGGAAAUGUCAUCGACCUUAAAAUCUUGGUCAUCUAAUAACAUCAAGUUGGCAGCAUUGCGGAAUCGCAGAGUGUUCCUGUUGGAGUGUAAAAGGCUUGGUUUACAUCCUAAACACAUGACCAAUAACUUCUGUCAAUUAUAUGGAUCUGUGACAGACGAGGUGUCGUCCAGACAAGCAGUAAACAUGGAGAACAAGAAUAACAAGUACAAUAGACAAUUUGCAUUGACGAAACAGAAAAAUCUGGAUAAGGUGAGAGCUUUGACAGAUGCACAAUUGGGAAAAGUCAGAUCACAAGAAAGGUGGGUUAAAAAUAUAAGUGGAACAAAUAUCCCAGAUAGAGUUCUAAAAUUCUUGUCGCUGGGUCCUAAAUUCAGCAUUGACAUUCCUAUGAAAGAAAUCUCUAUUCCGAAACUUUUAUCUGAUGUUGAGAAUGUUAUCAACCUCAAUGACUCCUUAUCUCCUGAUGCCAAGAACAUAAAACGCGCCAUGGCCACCAACAUUAUAACUAAUAAUAUCAAACCUAAUAAAGUUGUCAGAAAUGUAAUACAGAGAGAAUUUUAUAAUUGUAAAAGAUAUCUCAAAGAACAUCCAGACUUACAGGUAUUACAAUCAGACAAAGGAAACGUAACAGUUAUUAUGGACAAGUCACAAUACAUAGAACUAUCUAAUGGAAUUCUCAAUGAUCUUGACUAUUACAGAAGACUACCUAGAGACCCAACAACUACUAUACAAACUAAAGAGGCAGAUAUUACGUAGAAGAUUCUUUCUCUUUUUCCACCUUCAUUAGUGAAUUCCAACUGCCAGAAGAUUAUGUCCUCAUCAGCCUUGAUGUAGUAUCCCUCUUUACCAAUAUUUCAUUAGAAUUAGCUCUGUCUGCAAUUCAACACAGAUGGGAAUCAAUCAGUAGCCACACCACAAUACCUAAGGAAGACUUCAUCAACAUCAUCAGAUUUCUUUUCAACUCCAACUAUUUCAUCUUCCAAGAGGUAGUGAUGGAUUUCCUCCUAGAUGGCAUCCUAACAGAUAUCCCCUUUGAGAUGCCUU